GCCGGUGCCGCCGCGAUGAGGAGGUGCGGCGUCCGCGGCGGGGAGGAGGCGGCAGUGGAGGAGCUGGAGACCGAGGGCGAGAGGCAGCUGAAGUUGCUGCUGCGCCACCAGCUGGACACGUCGGCGUCGCUCGAGCAGUGCGUGGCCAAGCGCCACCGCUUCGCGCCGGCGACCGUGUACCGGCCCUUCGGGGAGGAAGCUGCCGGGGCCCGCACCUUGCCCGAGUUCCGCGCCCUGCAGGAGAGCUGUGGGGAGGCAGCCUCUCUCCAGGAGCUGGGCCUCUCCGACGCCGAGAUCCGCCUCUGGAAGAACCAGGCCCAGAAGGAUGCAGGGCUUGGGGCAGCGCCUGAAGCCACCCAGGACAGGAUCCAAGCCAUCCAGGAAAAGAUUGCGGAACGCCAGCGCAUCCUCUCCCUGCCACAGCACUUUGCGGGCAGCAAGCCGCUCAGCAGGCGCGAGAUGGAGAUCGAGAAUGCACUCUUCCAGGGAACAGACCGCCAUUCCUUCCUGCGGAUGUUGUACCGCCAAGAUGAGGCCUGGCCAAAGGUUGCACCGGAGACGGGCCCAAUGGCUCAGCUGGAUGUGGUUUAUCGGGAGCUCCUGAGCAAACCACUUCCAGGCCAGAGGCUGCCAGAACUGCUCUGGCCUUCCCAGAAGGCGCCUGAAUCGUCUUGCCCUGCACCCCCUGCCAGCCCCACAGCAGCUCCGGGCGCCCCAGGGCCUAUUGUGGUGACAGAGCCUGUCGCGUGUGUGCCAGAAGAGGAGAUUCUCCGGAGCCGCCUUUCCAAGGAAGAAAUCUGCAGCAUCCCUAGGUUUUCCUCUUACAGCCCAGGGGAGCCAAGCAAGGUGCUCUACUUGAAAAAUCUGAGCCGCCACACCACGGUGAGGGACCUGCUGCCCUUGUUCUCGCGCUUCCAAGAGCAGGACGGUCCCCCCCUUCAUUUCCGCCUGCUGAGCGGGCGCAUGAGAGGCCAGGCCUUCCUCACCUUUCCCAGUGUAUUGCAGGCUCAGGAAGCCCUGGAGCUGCUCAACGGGUUCUUCCUGCUGGGGAAGCCACUUGUCAUCGAGUUUGGGCGGAGCAGAACACCGUCUCCUGGCCCGGGCUCCAGUCCUGCCCCGGGCCCUGGGAUCCACUCUGCGCCAGGGGAGGCUGGUAGCUGGUUGGACAAGUCACGGAUCAACAGGGUAGCUUGUUCUGCGGAAGGUGGGGAUUGAGUCCCCAGAAGGACCCAUUGCCACCGGGGCAAAUGCAUGGCACUGUUGCUUCUGCGUGCAGAGGGGGACUGCCUGCCUGCAGGG